GAAAUCCUAAACAUGGCCCCUGGUUUUUAGUUUCACUUCCCUUAAACCACCUCUCUCUCUCUCUCUCUCUCUCUCUCUUAUAUUUGUCUUUCUUUCUGUCUUUCAUCUUUUGUUGUCUUUCACUUCUCUACAAUGUUCCAUUUACCUCUUCAAAAACCUCUUUGAAUCUCUUUCUUAUCACCUUCCCCUGUUUUCCUCUGUUUUCUGUUUCAUUCAAUCUUUUUCACCGUUUUCUUUCAUACCCUUUUCUCAAAAUUCAAGUCUCAACACUCUUGAUUCAUAUCAAAAACCAUUCCUCUACAAAAAUCUUCUCUUUGAUUCGUUUUUCCUAUCUGGGUCUGUUUUUUGCUCUGUUUUUAUACUCUGUUUUUGCUCUGUAUUUUUGCUCUGUUUCAAUGGGAAUUGAGAGAAACAUGGUUGAAAGAAAAGGGAGGGAGUUAUGUGAAUUACUUGAUGAGACAAAUACCAAUAACAUGAAACCAAGGAAGAACCGGCGGCAUCUUCGUCGCAGGACGGAGAUGACGCCGGUUCAGAAACUGUUUCUUGCUUGUAAACAUGUUUUUGCUAAUGCUGCUCAUGGAAUCGUUCCUUCUUCUCAACACAUUGAAAUGCUUCGUUCAGUUUUAGCUGGAAUAAAGCCAGAAGACCUUGGCUUGAAACCAGACAUGCCAUAUUUCAGCAAUAUCAAUGGUGGAACUCCAAAAAUUACUUACCUUCACAUUUAUGAGUGCGAAAAAUUCUCGAUGGGAAUAUUUUGCUUGCCACCUUCAGGAGUUAUUCCUCUUCACAAUCACCCUGGAAUGACGGUUUUUAGCAAGCUUCUAUUUGGAACUAUGCACAUCAAAUCUUAUGAUUGGGCCGGUGACCUGCCUGCUGAUGUCUCACAAACCCAGAUUCCGGAGAAAAGAUUGGCGAAAAUCAAGGUUGAUGCUGAUUUUACUGCUCCUUGCAAUCCUUCCAUCCUUUAUCCUGAUGAUGGCGGCAACAUGCAUUGCUUUACAGCAGUAACAGCUUGUGCAGUUUUAGAUGUUCUUGGUCCUCCAUACUCUGAUCCUGAUGGAAGGCAUUGUGCAUACUAUCGAAGUUUCCCAUUUUCCAACUUUCCAGUUGAAGGAAUAUCCAUACCAGAAGAGGAAAAGAAAGAUUAUGAAUGGCUUCAAGAAAGAGAGAAACCUGAGAGUUUACAAGUAAUAGUGAAAAUGUACAGCAGCUCAAAGACUAUGGAGAAUUAAUCUUGUCUUGUCAUUAUUCUUCAUAUGUUGUUUAGAGAAAUUUGGUUGUUUUUUUGUUCUAGCAACUUCGUCUUAGAUAGUGUUUUUGGUUUUUAUCUCCUUUGGUGCUGUUUCAGUUAUUAUGUACAUACCAAAAACUGGAAAGGACAAAUUUUGCACUUGAACAUUGAAUCAUGAAUAUGGAAUAAUUUUUUUUAUCUGCAA